AUGUGGGCAGGAUACUGGCUAUGCUCAAGCUUCUUUUUCUCUUCAUGGGGAGAUAACAUGUGGAAUUUUGCUGUUGGAUUGUAUUUAGUUAAACUUACACCCGGAUCACUUCAACUUACUGCAAUUUAUGGUGCUGUUGUAACUAGUUCAGUUAUAUUAUUUGCACCAAUUAUAGGAAAUUGGAUUGAUCGAAAAAAUCGCUUAGUAGUUAUACGAACUCUAUUGUUGUUACAGAACGGACUGAUAAUUUGUUCAGCUGUGUUUAUAAGUUUAAUUUUAUUUAGAGUUACAGCAAAUAAUAACAUUCUCACGCUUUUUAAAGUUUUGGUAAUUAUUUUUGGAGCAGCGGCAAACCUUGCCUCACAAGGAGAACAAAUAUCGAUUACAAGAGACUGGGUGGUUGUUAUAUGCCAUAACGACAACGAUAUUUUAGCCAAGCUAAAUGCUCAUAUGCGAAGAAUUGAUUUGUCAGUAGCAAUACUUGCUCCAAUUGCUGUUGGAUCACUCAUGUCAUUAAUAUCGGACCUUUCCGGGAUAGCUCUGAUAUGUGGAUGGAACAUUUUAUCAAUGUUUUCAGAAUAUAUUCAGUUACAUCAUAUCUACAAAACUGCUCCAGAGUUAACAGAAAAACAUAUAAAUGAGUACGAACCUAUAGGAGAGAUUGAUAAUGAUCACAAGAUAAAUUUAACAUGGUUAGGUAUUUUUGACAGAAUAAAACUUUCUUUUAUUGGUUGGAAAGUAUACAAAAGUCAAAGUAUAUAUUUAGCUGGUAUUGCUUUAGCAGUAUUAUAUCUCACUGUACUUGGAUUUAGCUCUAUAACCGUUGGAUACGCGUACUCGCAGUCAAUGAAAGAAGUUUACGUUAGUAUUUUCUUUGGAACAGGUGCUUUGUUUGGAAUUUUAGGAACAAUAGUAUUCCCUUUUUUAAGAAAUAAAGUUGGUCUUGUAAAAACUGGUAUUAUUGGACUUGGUUAUCAAUGCAGCAUGUUAAUAAUUUGCGUGGCAUCAAUAUGGGCUCCUGGGAGUCCGAGUAGUUUAAAAUAUUUAAAAAGAAAUAUUACUGAUAUAAACAGUACAUUUAUAAACAACAAUGUCAUGAGUUAUCAUAAAUCAGUUACAACGCAUUCACCAAUUAUUAUAUAUCAUAGUUAUGUUUCUAUACUGUUACUAAUGUUAGGGGUAGUUUUAUCUCGGUCAGGACUAUGGAUAUCAGAUCUCACAAUUACACAGCUGCAGCAAGAAAAUGUUGAAGAAGAAUUUCGUGGAGCUGUUGGUGGUGUGCAAUCUUCAUUAAAUUCUAUAUUGGAUUUGAUGCAAUAUAUACUUACAAUUGUUUUCUUCAAGCCCGCAGAUUUUGGAAUUUUAAUAUUGAUAUCGUUUAGCGCUGUGUUUACCAGUUUUCUUUUAUACAUUACUUUCUCAAUAAAGACGCAUGUCUUAUCUAAAAAGAUGUAA